AUGGCCGCCCUCGUGAUAGGGUUGGGCGCCGCCUCGCUCCUUCUCCUGACUUAUACCUACCUCUCGCGUCUCAGCAGCAUCCUGAAAAGCACCCCCGAAGCAGUAUUGAAGGUGUCUCCGAAAAGAUGGACCAAAGAAGAGCUGCGACAGGCAUAUCAGCGCCUCGAAAAGAAUCUUAUUACCACCAAAAGCUAUGCAGAUCGCAUUCCCCCCAAGUUGGAUAGACGAUACAUCAUCACUGGGGGUUCUGGUCUUGUUGGUGGCUACAUUGUCCUACAGCUUCUGGAACGUGGUCAAUCUCCAGAAAGCAUUCGUAUCGUGGAGUUUCGGCCUCUCAACCGGGCUGACAUGCUCAGUGGGCCAGCAUCAACGGUCGACUUUGUCAAGGCAGACAUCUCCUCAGCCGAGUCCACUAACAAUGCCUUUGAGAAAUCAUGGCCAUCCUCUGUUGCUCACCUUCCCUUGACGGUCUUUCACACAGCGGCAGUCAUUGUGCCAUCGGACCGGUCCAAACUCGUCUACGGUCUCUGUGAAAGUGUCAAUGUUCGGGGCACCCGGAAUGUCCUCGACGCAGCUCGCAAAGCCGGGGCCGAUGUACUGAUCUCGACAUCCUCUGGCGGCGUCAGUAUUCGCCCCAUUGAACUCUGGAUCUCACCUGUAGAGUUACUCCUGUCACCCAAGAAUAAGCUCCCCGAGAUAAAGAACUACCUCCAAGUCAUGGACGAAAAGGACUUCUUUGAGCCACCCCGCAAGCACGAAGAGCACUUUGCCAACUACGCCGUCUCCAAAGCCAGGGCUGAGAGAAUAGUGUGUGGUGCCAACAGCCCCGAGCUCCGAACUGGAAGCAUCAGACCAGCAAACGGUGUCUACGGGCAACCAGGCGACAAUACCCUCGGGGGCUCUCUCGCCAUGAGCGACUGCCCCACCUGGUGUGCGCACAUCAUCCAACCCUUCGUCCACGGCAUCAACGUCGCCAUUGCCCACCUUGACUAUGAGGCCGUCCUGGCUGCUAACCCCAAAGCACCACAAGCUGGCCGCCCCUUCAUGAUCACCGACCCUAACCCUCCCAUCAGCUACAUCGACAUGUAUCUAGCUAUCGAGACGCUGGCUACCACUCCGUUCAAGCUCAUUCGUUUGCCUCCGCUGCCAAUGUGGUUUCUUUCCUACAUUGUCGAGUGGUACUCCCUCUUGCCGGUCAAAUACCCCUUCUUGAGAAGGAUUCUGCCUGAGCUCAAGGGGGAUAUCAAGCACAUGAAGCCUGGUUUGUUCAGUGUUACUACUCACAUGGUAGCUACGAACGAGAAUGCCAGUCGGUCUGUUGAUGAGGGGGGGUUGGGGUUUAGGGGGGUGGUGACGACCCUGGAGGGUAUGGUGCAGGAGAUUGUGGAGUGGAAUGUCGAGCACAAGGGGGAGAAGAAGGCCAAGAAGUUCCAGACGAGUAUUUCGUUUGCGGAGGAGAUUGCAAAGGCGGCCGAGGCGGCGGGGGUGAUGGAGAAGAUGGGGAAGUGA